AUGGAGUCCGUGGUCCUUGAAACGAGUGUCGGCGAUAUUCAAUUCGAACUGUACUGGAACCAUGCGCCAAAGACCUGCAAGAACUUUGCUGAACUGGCAAAACGAGGGUACUAUAACGGGGUCAUCUUCCAUCGAAUCAUUGCUGACUUUAUGAUUCAAGGCGGAGAUCCUACUGGAACGGGCAGAGGAGGAACGAGUAUCUACGGACAGAAAUUUGAAGACGAGAUCAGCUCUGAACUGAGGUUCACUGGUGCAGGUAUUCUCGCGAUGGCAAACUCGGGACCAAACACCAACGGUUCGCAAUUCUUCAUCACGCUAGCACCGACACCUUUCCUCGAUGGCAAGCACACCAUCUUUGGGCGCGUCAGUUCUGGAAUGCGGGUGGUUCAGCGGUUGGGAGCAGUUGCGACAGAUGCUCAAGAUCGGUAUGUUGUGUCUAUGAUGCCGGGAGACCCCUACUUACGACUGGCGCUCGUUAGUCCACGAGAAGAUGUAAAGAUUCACAAAGGUCGCUUGCUAUGA